GGACAUUUCCAAGUUAAAGCUUUACGCACACAGGCGGGAAGACGUUUAGGUGUAAAAGAUUGGCGUUUUGGAGUUUUAUGAGCAAUGGCAGACAAGGAACUUGCCAAAGUGAGGACUAAGUUCGCAGAGGGGGUGAAUAUAGCAGUUAUUAAGCAGCUCCUGGAUGACGUUUUAGAGGAUGGCAUCGUGAAUGAUGGAGAGAAAGAGUCAAUACUUGAGGAGAACAGUACCAAGACAGACAAGGCACGCGCCCUCAUUGACACAGUGAAGAGGAAAGGAGAUGAAGCCAGCAGGAAGCUCAUUACUCGUCUUUAUAACAGAGAUCCUACACUUCACAAAAACCUGGGUCUGUCGUCUGGUCAACCUGCUCAGCCAGCUCCUGAGCCCCAGAUGGAUGAGGAGUGGUCAACCACACUCAAACCAACAACAGAUGCUUUCUGGAGGGAGAAACUGAAUGAUAGAAGUACUUACACUGUGACCAAAGAUUCCAUCAGGAGUCGUGUGGCUCUGCUAAUCACUAACAUAGAGUUUACUGACAAGGCAAAAAUCAGAAAGGGAGCAGACAAAGACGAGGAGAACAUGGAGAAACUGCUCAAAGCGCUGGGAUACGAGGUGGUGAAAUGCACAAACCUCACUGGAAAGGAGAUCAAAGAAGCUGUAAUUAAGUUCUCCAAACAUCCAAAACUGAAAGAGACAGACAGCGUGUUUGUGGUUAUCAUGUCUCACGGGGAACUGGGAGCUGUCCGUGGUAUCAACUUUAAAAAGGGCGAUCCAGAAAGAGAACAGGACAAGUUCCCCAUUGAUGACAUUUACAAACACUUGGACACAGCGCAUUGUCAAGAUCUGCUGAACAAACCCAAGAUCAUCAUCAUCCAGGCUUGCAGUGGAGAAAAGGACGGAUCUGUGCUUGUUAGUGAUGCAGCUGUGGUUAGUGACGAUGCACAACAGCCAGACCCAUCACUGUCUGCUGGUGAAGAAAACAUUGAAGAUGAUGCUUUGCGCCGUGCACCCAAAGAAAAAGACUUCAUACGUUUUCGCUCUUCCACCCCUGGUACUGUCUCACAUAGAAAUGAUGAUGAGGGAUCUUUUUUUAUCCAGUAUAUUGUUGAUGCAAACAGCGGUAAAGAUGCUGCUUUCUUAAAAAUGCCUUCUUUCAUCUCUGUAUCAAGCAGGUUUGUGUAGAGGUGAACAGAACAGGGGAGAAGCAGGAAAGAAAAUAUCAAUACUCAGUCUGACAGACCAGACUUGGUUUUCCCUCUGUGUGUGACACACUUGUAUUGAUUCACACACAAACAAGUCAAAUGGGUUGGCACUACACAAACACACGCUCUCUUACCAUAUAACCCUCAAGGUAAAAACUAACUAAUAAAAAAAAAACAACAAACCCAAAUGUAAUCUUAAGGGGAAAAGCUUUAGUGGAGACUUGUGAACUUGUUUCCCUUAAAAAUUGUGUUCCUUUCCCUCAUUCUCAUAAUUUCCCCUCUCCUUUAUGUUUUCACUCCAUCUCUGUACUCUCCGUGUGUGUCUAAUCCCUUCCUUGACGACAGGUGAUAUCAGCGAAGGCCUCCUGUGACUCGACCAGCUGACAAAUCAAAUUCAAAUGGAUCUGGAGGAGCUUGAGGAAAAAAUGACUCAGGUGUGUGUUUUUUACUCCAUGACGAUGGUUUGUGAUGGUCCCUUGGUUAACACCAGAAAGAACCUGCAUGUCAACCCAGUUGCCGCUGUUCUUUUGACAGGACCACAUUUAGUGGAGUUAUACUCGGCGGUGCUCACACGUCCAGACCUGGUUGCAAGUGUCCAUCCUAAACUGACAGAUGGCCAGAGGAAAUUACAUCUACGCCAAAUGCCCUGCCACAUAACUGCCCCUGCUCUCCUCUGCUAUUACCACUAACUGACUCAUAGGGUUCUUUUUUACAUGUGCGAGUAUGUGGGUGCCUUUGUGUAUAAGGUGACUGUGUGACGAUGACUGUUAGGGGCAGCUGGUGCAGAGCAUCCUGCCAGCAUGCCGUGGCAGAGGCCGUGUCAGUGCCUGGUCCAGGAGCAUGGGGCCUGCAGCUAGUAUCUGUCAAAUCAUAUUACGCAAACGGUGUGACACGUGUGAGAGCAGCUCAGAUCUAAGCUGCAGCAACCUGGCAUGUGCAUGAAUAAGGGAGUAGGUGUUGGUGAUGUAUGUGUUUUGGAAAGUGGUCUCACUAGGGAUAAGUGUGAGAGUGGUUGUUUACUACACACCGGUUCAAUUCAAAAUAAAAUAUGGAUGAGUUAAAGUGAAAUUUCUUUGUGAACAAAAGAUGCAAUGGAACAUGUUGGAGCCUCUUUUUCCAUUAGAUGCAGGAGAAGAUACACUUAACAUAUACAUUAAACUGCAUGUCAAUCAGGUAAAGUGACUAUUCAUUUAAGUGUACCACAAAAAAAGUUAAUAGACCAAAGAGGAGUAUUACUGUAAACUAGAGACAAUGAAGCUAUGAGUUAUGAAAAUGGUCACGGUAUCCGCAGGAUUUUUUAAUGAAGAACUUUCAGAAGCAAAGGCUUUAAAAAAGAAGUGAGAUGAGACUGCUUCUGUAAUCAUGACACUUCUCACCACAUGAAUUUCACUGAUUGAGACUGAACAAACUGUUAAAAAAAAAAAAAAAAGGAAAUGCCGGAGUAAUUUUCAAGCCCAUAAUUUUGACAGGAACUGGUCUACGAGUAUAAAUCAUACAUGUAGAUGAAAAGCAGCUGUGUGAGAUCAUUAAUUAACACCUUCAGACUUUCAUAAGGGAGUGUAGACAAACUAACCCUCCUGCUAAAAUAGGUGAUGACAAUAUGUAAAAUGAUUUCGAACAUUAACAAAGUAGUGGAGAAUGCAGGUGCAUAUUGUUUUUAAUUUACUUAAAUGGCUCUAACACUUAACAAAUAACAGAAAAGGAGUGAAUAUGCAGGGAAAUAUGGGAAUGCUGUUGACUGCUUUGACAAUAAUCUUGAAAGUGAAUGAUAGAUAAUUGUGUUUUUUUACAUGUAGCAAAGACCAAAAGUUUUAAAGUGCAUCUGAUUGACAGUGACAGUUAUACAUUAGGCAAACAUUUUCAUAUUUUGUGCAUAGUAAGUUUAGAGCGCACUUAUCCGCAUCCAAGCUAUAGCACAUCUAGCCCCUGAAGGUGGGAUCAGACUACAUGAUAUUAGACUGAUUUGACAAACCUCUGGCAUCAAGAAUGAAAAUGAGCAUCGUGGCUGACAGUCGACCAUUUUAUCCCCUGUAGUGUAACACAGUGGAAGACGACCAGUGUGGCAUCUGGGACACCGCACAAUGCAUUAACACAAACAUUAGCAUGUGAGAAUUGUUCUCAACUAUUGUUGUAUUUGUUUGACUGUGUUCCCUCAGUCUUGACAAUGUUAAAUUUCCCAGCUCAGUGACCAAGAGCUGAUUGUCUGAAGUGACUUUUAAUGGGAAAGUGAUCCCAUUCCUCAUAUAUAACUUGACAACUUAAACUGAAACAAUAAAUGUUUCAAAAUACAGAAUGAUUAAGAAUAACUCCAUGAUUCAGAAGAGAUGCAUAUGUGUUGGCUCCAUGCAGUGCUAAUAUGUGUCCAGUCAGUAUAAAGGGUG